ACACACACAGGCAGCAUGGUACAACCAGCUACAAAGCUACGAUCGUUUCUACACCUUUUGCCAUCAUGCAUGCAAUACCUUCUGGUAGUGGUCGUCCUUAUCCUGUCCUUGGGGCCCGCGAAGGCUUUCAUUCCUCUGCUACCACACAUGCCACUGCAGCACCACAAAUACCUUGCAGGGGGCCCUGAUGUUGUCAGAAUGGCUGUACAGGACUCUUCUACACUUGUGAGCCUUCCUCAUGACGAGUAUAUCAACACUCUUCCUGAGCAGGCAAGGAGCAUGAAAGCUGAAUGGCAAUACUUGCUUGUCGAACGUCUGGAAGCGCCCACAGAAACACAAGGAGGCCUGUUCCUUCCGUCCACGGACCAGGAUCCCCUGCACAUGGUCCGCAUCGUCUCCAUAGGCUCAGGCCUCGUGGGAGAGAGCGGGAUGUUGACCACCAUCGAGAAUCUGGGACCGGGCGAUGUAGCCUACGUCAAACAACCUUGGGGCAUUGGCCCCCGCGACGAAAAUUGGGAGGGGCGGAAAUUCUCCUUCAUUCGGAGCCACGAUGUGCUAAGCCGUAUUGGUCCCACUAAAGGGAAGGAGUAGUAAGGAGGGGAAGCGGAGAAGGAGAGGGGAAGGGGCGACGAUCGGAGAGGGUAUGCAAAGGCCUUUGAAAGCUUUUUCGAACUUAAUGUGUGCCGUGGUCCUCGAGCAGAUGGUCUGCAUGCCGGGAAGGAAACCUUAAAACGAAAGCAAUCACGACGACACAGCGUCUA